UAUUUGAAAGCGCAGUGCGUUAUAUUACACCCCGCGUCGAAGAUGAAACUUCUGGUUUUAUUGGCGAUUCUAGGCUGUGCGCUUGCCGCACCCAAACCAAACUUCGGCCUCCGUGAAGCAGAAGCAUGCGACGAGACCGUAUGCAAACCGCCCAAUUGCAAGUGCUUCAACAGCUCCAUUCCGGGAGGAUUUGAACCAUCUGAAGUCCCACAAUUUGUGUAUUUGACUUUCGAUGAUGCCGUCAGCACUAUCAACAUCGAUUAUUACCGACAAGCCUUCAACGGUCGCAAGAAUCCCGAUGGAUGCCCCGUCCAGGCCACGUAUUACAUCUCGCACGAAUACACUGACUACAGUCUUGUAAAUGAGCUGUACAGAGAGGGUCAUGAAAUCGCACUCCAUUCCAUCACACAUACUUCCUCCACGGAUUACUGGAAGACACAGACCAAAGAGCAGUUAAUUGCUGAAUUUGGCGGCGAGCGCAAGAUGAUGGCCCACUUCGCUAACAUUCCGGAAGAUGAGAUUAAGGGAAUGCGCAUGCCACUGUUGCAGUUAGCUGGAGACAAUAGUUUUACAGCCGCACAGGAAGUGGGUAUGAAUUAUGACUGCUCAUGGCCAACAUCCACUCGUGUCUGGCCGUACACUUUGGACUAUAAAUCCACUCAGGAAUGCAGUAUCCCACCCUGUCCCACAUCAAGCAUUCCCGGUUUCUGGGUGCAGCCUAUGGUUAACCUGAAGGAUAGUCAGGGUACCAUUUGUUCAAUGGUUGAUGCUUGUCCAAACAUUAAGGAUGACGUCGAUGAUGUGUUCAAUUUCUUGAAGAGCAACUUUGACCGUUCCUACGAGGGAAAUCGAUCACCGAUUGGCUUCUACAUGCACGCUGCAUGGUUCCCCCGCUUGCCAGAGCACUCCUUUGAAGGAUACCUUAAAUUUUUAGACUAUUUGCAGACCCUAGAUGAUGUAUACAUUAUCGGUGUAGAGCGCGGUCUUGAAUGGGUGCGUAACCCGGUGAAACUCGGCGAACAGCUAUGGCCAUCUUGCCAGCAGCCAGCCGAAGCGCCAUGCAAAGCCAAGUCUUGUCAAUUGAAGAAAGGAGAAGAGGAGCGUUACAUGACCCAGUGCCUCAACUCUUGCCCUAAAGUUUACCCAUGGUUGGGUAAUCCACUUGGAGAAGAAUAAUAGCUAGGCAUUGUUUUAAAAUUUGUUUCAUCACAAUAUAUCUACAUCAUUUUUUGUACAAGAAAAAUUCCUUAAAUGGCAAUCAAACAAAUUAAAUGUCAAGAGAAUUAAAAUAAUAAAAUACUUCAUAAAAAAACGCUGAAUCAGACUAUUGCUGAUCCGCGCUUUCGACGAUCAACAUAAUGGACUGCUGAGGUGCAUCUUGAGUGACGCCCCGUACGCAUUCUACCUGAUGGGACGCCCAAUCUUUACGCUGGCAGAAUGUAGAACAGUACGGCGUUCGUCUACAUAGGGAACACUCCGCUAACGCCUCACGAUUACAAUUCGCGCAUUUUUUAUGCGCUUCGUUAUCCAAUGCUGGCUGCAGGGUAUUAUCAUUGUCAGGUUGAAGCGCGGCGACUUGUGCUUCAACCCUCGCCGCCAGUACUGCGGCCUCUUUCUCGCGCUGGAACUGAUCGGAUUGUUUGCUGUGAAUACAUUUGAGUUCUUCAACGCCACGUUUGAAUUCAGCGGCGAGGCGGGUGAUUGCUCCGGAGAUUUCGGUGAGGCGUCGUAGGAUCGGCACCGGGUCGGAACCGGUUGUCUCCAUCAGGUACUCACUGGAGUCGAGGCCGUCGGUGAGACUCUGCCAGGCUUCGUCUUUCGUAAGAAUUCCAGGCUCGCCGUCGGACUCAUCGCCGCUCUCUUUCAUUUUUUUAUGCAUUGAACCUACAAGUAGAUUUCUUAUUCUUAUUUCUGUCAGAAAGUUGAAGAGAACUUACCAUCCAUCAUUUCCUUCCUUCUUUUUCUUUUGUAUGGUGUGAAUAGCCGGACUGGACCAGUUGCAGAUUCAUCAUCACAGCAUGCGGAACACGUGCAGCUCGUGGCAUGUGGUAGUAUGAUUCCUUCGUCAAUGAGAGUUUGCAAACUUCGGCCGCCAAACCGAAUGCUUCGUUUCCAGUCCUUGCUAGAUGCGCGACCGCAAAGUGCUUCAAAUUCGCUGGGAGUGUGCCAAGUGUUGCCUAGCUUGAUGCACCUACCUCGACCGCCGGAGCCGAAGCGAUUCUUGUGCAACUCCGCCGAGGUGUUCUUACAUCUCACCGGAAGAAUUGGCAGACCAGCAGCUUCGUUCCAUGACCCCACCGACGCGCUUACCGCCGCAGGGGUGCUGUUUCCACUCACAUCUUCUUGGAUGACGAUCGUUUUCAAGUCGCCGCCGGCGGCGUCCGUCGCAAUAUAGCCAUUAUUGUCCACGCAGAGCAUAGGCUUGAAGUGCGAAAGCUGCUCCUGUGUGAUGACGUUGAAGGUGGAGGUGAUAAGUGAGCCCACGGGCAGCGUGACGGGAACGCCGCCAUGGCGCACCGCCUGGAUUGUCACGCGUGACUUGUCGUCGACUUCGCCACCGACGCCCGCCGGCUGGUCGCCGCUCUCGCCGCCAUCGUGCUCGUUCGCAAGAUGUUCGGCUUCGGAAAUGUCCGUAAUGACGACGCCUUCCGAGCUGGGGGCUUCCAUCAUCGGCGCGUUCGCACGGCGCGACGCGAACACAAAUCGUCGUCGACGAUCGCAAGACGUUCGGGAAAUUCGUACACAGCCCACAAGUAACACGAGAACGUUGUAGAGGGACGCACUUUCACGAUGACUCCAUUGUUGGGGAGCAACAAGGCCCAGCCGGAUGUGUGUUGCGCUUGCAAGCGCUAAGGUGGCGUGCCGCACCGACGCGCAUGACGCGCGGGACAUUCGAAUCACUUUCAAAAAAACCACUACUGCCAUCUACCAAUUCGUAGCAAGUUAGGCAACCCAAGAAUGCAGCCAUAACACGCAUAUUACAAAUAUUUAUCACCUUUACUAUUGAUUUGAUAAAUAACAUGAAAUGAGACAUAAAAAUAUAUCCAGUUUAUUAAAUUGAUAGCAUAAAAGUCACUUUACACCCACAUUUGUAUCAUAAAAACAUUAAAAAGAAUUAAAAACAAACUUUUACAAGUUACAAGCUAGCGGACAUUUUCUUCUGGGACUGUAGCGCCUCAGCCAAUCUCUUUCCAAAGGAUUGAUCAACUUGUCCAAAGUUAGACACGGUUCUUGCCUGAAUGAAAUCAGCAGCAUCCUUCAAAUGACCAGCAAGGUUGUUGAUCAACCUGGUGCGCGCUGCCUCAUCGAGGACCUUCUGGUAGAAUACGCGUGGCUGGGAGAAGUUGUCGUCGUUGCCAGUAUCGUGCCUCUUAAUAUCCCCAGAAGCAUUAACAGUCGUAGCGAGCGACUUGGCCCUCGGGCAUUCAUUUGGACCAUCAAAGCUGUUUGGAUGAUAGUUGGGAGCACCACCCUGGU